GGGAAGGAUUAUGUGUGGUGAAAGUGUUUGCCAUCCAAGACCCGUCACUUCCAUUGAAGACAUACCAGGACCAGCUGACAGACAUCAAGAACAGACUUGUCACAGCUCCAAAUGUUCUUCCAUUUCAUCAUUCCAUCCUAACAGACAAAGCUAGUCUGCUAAUCCGGCAGUUUAUAAAGGAUAACCUGUAUGACAGGAUAAGCACUCGGCCAUUUCUUGAUGUCGUUGAAAAGAAAUGGAUUGUCUUCCAGUUGUUAAGUGCCCUGGAUCAGUGUCAUUCUGUCAAGGUUUGCCAUGGAGACAUAAAAACUGAGAAUGUGAUGGUAACCGGUUGGAACUGGGUCAUGUUAACAGACAUAGCGAGUUUUAAGCCGGCCUUCCUUCCAGAGGAUAACCCUGCAGACUUCAAUUUUUUCUUUGAUACAUCUCGUCGUCGCAGCUGUUACAUUGCGCCUGAGAGGUUUUUGGAUUCAAGACAGGCAGAUCAGUUACUGGCAAGAAGUUCCGUAACAGCUGGCAAUGGCGACAGCCAAUCAAACAAUGCAAGUGACCCCAGUCUCCCAGACAUGGACCUUGUUAGACAUCAGCAGGGAACAUUGACCCCAGAAAUGGACAUAUUCUCAGCUGGAUGUGUUAUAGCUGAACUGUUCAAUGAGGGCAACAGGUUAUUUGAUCUCUCAGAGCUGCUGUCUUAUCGCAAUGGAGAUUAUGACCCUACAGUGACACUAUCAAAUAUUGAAGAUGCUAAUAUUAGGGAACUUGUGGGACAAAUGAUAAGCAAGGACUCAAAGAGCAGGUUAUCUGCUGCAGAGUUUAUGAAGAAAUACAGAGGAGUGAUAUUUCCAGAACAGUUUUAUACCUUUCUCAAAAACUACAUGAGCAAGUUCGCCAUGUUGCCUGUGCUUACUGCAGAUGAGAAGAUUAGCAGGAUAAAGCGUGACAUUGAACAGAUCCUUAAGGAACUGCUUUUAACAAACAGUACAGAUGAUGAAACUACUCCUGAUAAAGAUGGUAACAUUAUUUUUAUUUUAUAUUUUUAUGAAUUCCUAAUAGAUGACUUUUCACUGACUUUUCUGGGCAUCUCAAAAGCUUUCCUGAAAUGUCAGCCAUCUCCCACCCUCAACAUUACCCCCAGGGGUAAAGCUGAGAGUGGGAGAUGACUGACUUUNCUGCAUCUUGUGCGCAGUAUGCCUCGCAGUGAUGCAAACAUUUUUCCAGAGUACGUUUUGCCGAGCCUGUCAUGGCUCACACAGGACCAGGAAGUCAUUGUGAGAAUAGCUUAUGCCGAGAACAUUGCUUCCCUGGCAGAGACGGCAUUGAAAUUUUUGGAAAUGGCACAGUUAGAUUUUGCCAAUCAAGAAAGCAAUGAGGAUGACGAUGCUCCUAUACAAUACCAGGGAAGUUAUGACACUGAGCUUCAGGCACUGCACGAACUAAUCCAAAGAAAAGUUGUCACACUCCUCAGUGAUCCUGAGAACAUUGUUAAACAGACACUGCUUGAAAACGGCAUCACACAGCUGUGUGUGUUCUUUGGUCGCCAGAAAGCAAAUGAUGUUCUGUUGUCGCACAUGAUCACGUUCUUGAAUGACAAGCAAGACUGGCAAUUAAGAGGAGCAUUUUUUGACAGUAUUGUGGGUGUCGCUGCGUAUGUCGGAUGGCAGAGUCUUGUUAUGCUAAGACCACUCCUGGAGCAGGGUUUGAGUGACACUGAAGAGUUUGUUGUGUGUAAAGCUUUGAAUGCACUGACUUGUCUGGCAGAACUGGGACUGCUCCAAAAACCAACACUACAAGAGUUGGUGUCUGAGAUUGUUCCCUUCCUUUGCCAUCCUAACAUGUGGGUUCGUUAUGGAGCUGUUGGCUUUGUGGCUGCCGUAGCUCGCACUCUCAACAUAGCUGAUGUUCACUGCAAUCUGCUGCCUCUCCUGCGACCAUUUCUUAAGCAGCCAGUCGUACAAGUAGACCAGGAGGUGAUUUUGGUGAGCCUUCUGAAGGAACCCAUCAACAGAGGAGUGUAUGAUUUUAUUAUCAGAUCACCACAAGUUGUUAGUCUUUUUGAAAGUUUGCAGGACAGGCAGUUGCUUCGGAGUCUCUGCCGUGCAGGUCAGCGACCAAAUUACCCCGAGACAGUUGAGGCCCUAGUACCAGUCUUCCGCAAACUGCACUCGCAAGGCAUCACCGAGGAGGACGAAGACAAGUUAAUCUUCCUCAGGGAAGUGAUUCUCAAGUUACACAGGGCCAAAACCAGGUAUAACAUACUUAAACCCCUUACGCACAAAUUUAGUCCCAGUAGCGACCCAUUGGACGCAAAAAAAUUACCCUCUNGCUUUGUGGCUGCCGUAGCUCGCACUCUCAACAUAGCUGAUGUUCACUGCAAUCUGCUGCCUCUCCUGCGGCCAUUUCUUAAGCAGCCAGUGGUGCAAGUAGACCAAGAGGUGAUUUUGGUGAGCCUUCUAAAGGAACCCAUCAACAGAGGAGUUUAUGAUUUUAUUAUCAGGUCACCACAAGUUGUCAGUCUGUUUGAAAGUUUGCAGGACAGGCAGUUGCUUCGGAGUCUCUGCCGUGCAGGUCAGCGACCAAAUUACCCCGAGACAGUUGAGGCCCUAGUACCAGUCUUCCGCAAACUGCACUCGCAAGGCAUCACCGAGGAGGACGAAGACAAGUUAAUCUUCCUCAGGGAAGUGAUUCUCAAGUUACACAGGGCCAAAACCAGCGCCAUGGAACAACCUGAGAAUAACGACGAGGUGAUAAAAGGAGACAUUAACAUCAAGAACCUGCAUGUGGGAAAGGCCGUGACCAGGCGACAUGCAGAAUUAGUAAAAUCUACUGAAGGGAAAAAUGAUAAUAAUGCAACAGCCAAAAAGGGAGGCUCGAAAAAUAAGAAAGCUUCCAUGGUCGAGCCACCAUCAAUGAAUCCUGAAUGGCAUCACAUGUUUGGCGGAGCUGAGAAUGCUGCUGUCGCGCUGGUCAUGGCCAGGAGAGACUCAAUGCCUGCUACUGCCCACCGACCAAAAUCACCACUGGGAAAAACGUUCUCCCUUCCUGUUGGAGUUGACAACAAAAAUGAACCACCACCUUUGGGCUCAACUGGGACUCAGCCUGCUACUCUGCCACGUCCAGACGCUAGUUCCCAGUCAAAGAAACAAUCUGCACCAGCUCCUGUGGAAUUUGUAACCCAGAAUCCACUGCAAGCGCGAUAUGCAAUGUGUAAGCUGCAACUAAAGAAUUUGGUACACCACAAGAGGGAGCANGUAGGUUUAGUUUCGAUUGUGAAGAAAUAUCAAACUUUCAAGACAAUGCUUGACCACAUUUCCAAACAUGUCGAGAUUCUUCAAAAAUACUCCGUUACGCGUUGUAUUUACAACUCUCUUGGUGUUUGGGAAUGUGGCCAAACAGGGUCUUUCGUGUUUGAUCUACAUGUAUUACUCAGCACAGUUGUAUCAAUUUCGUGUAAUCAAGUUUUAAUUUUUUUCAGGCUGCAAGUUAGCCCAGAUUACUCUCACUUUGCUACUGCUUCGGAUGACGGGUCCGUUAAGCUAUGGGAUCUACAGAAACUUGAUGGUAGAAGCCUGAUUAACAAGUCUAGACAAACAUACAGCAGACCAGGUUGGAAGAUGAAAGCAUUGGUUUUCUGCCUGGGAUCAAGUUCCAUAGCUUGUGCAUCUGACGAAGGAACCAUAGAUGUUUUCAGAAUUGAACAGAACGGUCAGCAGCCCAACUCCAGGCUUCAAAUUAAUCCCAAAGAAGAAGGAACGGUGGUAGAAUUGACACAGUUUGAAACAGGUAANUUGACCUACGCUACAUCUCACGGUCUAAUCUGCGGCUGGGAUCUUCGAUCGUCUAAACUAGCCUGGAAACUAGAAAACGAUCCUGCGCAUGGUGUAAUCACUUCCUUUGUGGUGGACCCUUGUCACAGUUGGUUGACUGUGGGGACCAGUGCCGGGAUGUUGGUUUGUUGGGAUCUCCGUUUUCAACUGCCGAUAACAAAUCUCUCCCAUCCAAGAGGCGCUCGUGUUCGUCGGCUCGCCACUCACCCGAUCGAGCAGUCCUGGGUCGUGUCUGCUGUGCAGGGCAACAAUGAAGUGACCGUGUGGGAUCUGGAGACUGGAGCGAGGAGACAGGCUCUGUGGGCAAGCCAUACCCCACCCCUGUCACAAACACAGGUCUCCCCUAAUGCAGUGCACGCGUUGUGCACCAGCAGACAGGACACCAGUCCCUUCAUCCUGACUGCGGGCUCAGAUCGCCGGAUUCGCUUGUGGGACCUGGCCUACCCUGAGCAUUCACAAAUGGUGGCGGGAGCGGCGACAGACAAUCUGAACAAUGUUGUUCUACAGUACAAAUCGCGUCUCAUUGAUGGUACCGAUGUGCUCCAGGAAGUUUACUGCAAAUCACGUCAGGGUGGCAUACAUGAAGACCUGCCGCGGCGAGGACCUGAUAACCCUCCCGUGGGACAUCAUGAAUGCAUUAAUGACAUUGCUGUCACUAAAUUACCACAAAACUAUGUUUUGUCUGCCGGGCGAGACGGUGUGCUCAAGAUAUGGAAGUAGAUCCAGCCUUCAUGACGGGACUUCCCGCGGGCGUUGAAACUGUCGUAUAUAAAGUGCGCCCGAUGAUGUUAGAAUGGAGAAUUAUUAGGAGUUAAAUAGAUUUUAGAGAGCUUAAGCAAACUACGACGGCAAUGGCAACGAUGACGCCAUCAAACAAAAUGUUUAAUGAACAGAACAAUGGCUGUGCACGUGCGUUGUAAAUCUUUGUACAUUUCUUUGCCGUC